AUGUUGAUUCAAGGACAAGCUGCGAGACAUGCGACAAUAUCCAAUACUAGUUAUCCAAUCUCAACAGCACCUCAUCCCAGGCCAACAGCGUCAUCAUAUCCACUGCCAACUUCAUCUGCAUAUCCCAUUCCAAGCCCAUCCUCUUAUCCCACAACAUCUGCGUCCUUCUUUCCAAUGCCAAAUAAUUCAUCUUAUCCCACGCCAGCCACCUCAUCAUAUCCAAUACCAAAUAUAUCAUUUGCUUAUUCUGUGCCAAAUGAACCAUCUUACCAAAUGUCCAACGCAUCUUCUUAUCCCACCGCAAAUACAUUAAUGUAUCCAUCACCAACUGCACUAAUGUAUCCUACUCCAACUUUAUCCAAUUAUCAUAUACAGAAUGCAUCAAGUUAUCCCAUGGCAGAUGCAUCAUGUUAUCCCAUGCCAGACGAAUCAACGCAUCUCAUGCCAGAGGAAUUGGCGUAUCCA